AUGGCAUCUGCACUGAAGAAAAUUGCGCUCUCCUCAACUUGUUCUUCACUGCCCUCCAUUUCCCCUCACAAGCACAAUAAUUCGAGGUUUAUUACCAGGAUAGGUCGCGAAAAUCCUCGGAAAGGCGCCGUCUUUUUCGCCUUUUCUCGCUCAUAUUCAUCUCGGGCUAUGGCUUGUGAUGUUGGAAAUGUCCAGAGGCAGAUUAGUAGUCUUGAAUCUCUCUUUUGUUACGAUAAACCGAUUCCCGAGGAAAUAAUUGAGAAACCCGUUGGUUUAUCUCUACCCGAGAAAGAUAUCGGGGAAAAUCCUCGAUGCACGAACUGUCAGACGAAAGGGGCAAUUCUUUGCGCCACUUGUUCCGGUUCGGGCUUAUAUGUGGAUUCCAUCUUGGAGAGCCAAGGAAUAAUUGUCAAAGUUCGAUGUUUAGGUUGUGGAGGAACUGGGAAUAUUAUGUGCUCCGAAUGUGGUGGCCGGGGCCACAUUUGA